GGCAACACGAGAGGAUGUCAGGAAGAGGCAAAGGCGGGAAGGGUCUCGGCAAGGGCGGCGCCAAGCGCCACCGCAAAGUGCUGCGCGACAACAUCCAGGGCAUCACCAAGCCGGCCAUCCGCCGCUUGGCUCGGCGUGGCGGCGUGAAGCGUAUCUCGGGGCUCAUCUACGAGGAGACUCGCGGUGUGCUGAAGGUCUUUCUGGAGAACGUGAUCCGUGAUGCCGUCACUUAUACGGAACACGCCAAGAGAAAGACGGUGACCGCUAUGGACGUGGUCUAUGCGCUGAAACGCCAGGGCCGCACUCUCUACGGUUUCGGCGGUUAAAAGCUUUCACUCCCGUGUACAUUUCACGAACCCAAAGGCUCUUUUAAGAGCCACCCACUUUAUCUUUCGAAAGAGCUGUGUCGCCGAUUUCGGGUUUUGCUUGUACCUUUUUCGGUCGUUCCCCGUCUUUGUUUUUUUUUUUUUUU